GUAAGUGUAACUUCGUUACCUGCGUGAUAGUAGCUCACCACUGGUUGACGUUGAGUCCACUUCAUGGUGGGCGUCAAUCGAAGCGAUUUUGGUGUGUUUACGGCUGGGUACUACUUGAGUAUUCAAGCUGGUUAAGUUUUAGGCCACGUAUACAACGUAUACGGUGCUUACAAGUCAGCGGGAGGCCACUAUUUCAUACUGAAACUCCGCCUGCAGACAUCCCCAAAUGCCUCAGACGCCACAGGCAUCCCCCCAAGAAGACCAAGAAAAACUACUUGAUGAUGCUGCCAGCAUUGUCAAAGUCCAAGCAUUUCACAUGAAACGAUGUCUCGAUAAAGGAAAGCUUAUGGAAGCAUUAAAACAUGCUUCUAACAUGCUUGGUGAACUUCGCACGUCUCUUCUGAGUCCAAAAAGCUACUACGAGUUGUAUAUGGCGGUUACUGAUGAACUGAGGCACCUAGAAAUUCACCUUCUAGAUGAGAUUCAAAAAGGGCGCAAGAUGUCCGAUCUCUAUGAGCUUGUUCAGUAUGCCGGCAACAUCAUCCCUCGUCUGUAUCUCCUAAUCACUGUUGGGUUGGUUUAUAUGAAGUCAAAUGAGCACUCUAAGAAGGACAUCCUUAAGGACCUGGUGGAGAUGUGUCGUGGGGUACAACAUCCACUACGAGGACUCUUUCUGCGCAAUUAUUUGCUGCAGUGCACACGCAAUAUUCUGCCUGACAAUGAAGAGGAUGCAGCCCUGAAUGAUGCAAACCUGAAUGCUGAUGGAGGGAAAGUUGAACUGCUGAUGUAUUCAAGGGACAGUGAAGUGAGUGGAACAGUGAAAGAUUCUGUAGACUUUGUUCUUCUUAAUUUUGGUGAAAUGAACAAAUUGUGGGUGCGGAUGCAACACCAAGGCCACUCUCGAGAUCGAGACCGCAGGGAAAAAGAACGUCAGGAGUUGCGCCUGCUGGUAGGAACCAAUCUGGUGCGUCUAUCUCAGCUUGAUGCUGUGGACAUGGACCGUUACAAGAAGGUUGUUUUGCCAGGCAUUCUGGAGCAAGUAGUAAGCUGUAGGGAUGCCAUAGCCCAGGAGUACCUCAUGGAGUGCAUCAUUCAGGUUUUUCCGGAUGAAUUUCACUUACAAACUCUGAGUUGCUUUCUCAAGGCCUGUGCGGAGCUGAGGCCACAAGUAAAUGUGAAAAACAUCAUAAUCUCCCUUAUUGACAGACUAGCAGCCUAUGCAAUGAAAGAAGAUGGACCAGGAAUUCCGAGUGACAUCAAGCUGUUUGAUAUCUUUUCUGACCAGAUCGCCCAAGUGAUACAGAUGAGGCAGGACAUGCCAACUGAAGACAUCGUCUCAUUGCAAGUUUCUUUAAUUCACCUGGCUCUGAAAUGCUACCGGGAAAGAGUCGACUAUGUUGACAAAGUGCUUCAGACAACUGAGGAAAUCUUCGUCAAGCUUGGCAUAACUAGAGUGGAGCUGUCGAAACCUGUUGGAAAGGAAUUGGUGCGACUGCUGAAGAUACCUGUGCAGUCAUACAAUGACUUGCUCACAAUUUUGCAACUCAGUCACUUUGGAAGUCUGCUGCAGCUUUGUGACUACCGUGGCCGCAAAGUGAUGGCCUGCUUUCUUGUAAACAGUUCACUUGAAAAUGACACGCUGAUCCCAACACCAGAGCAGGCAGACCAAGUGCUGAACUUGAUAAGCCCGCUGGUUCAAGAUCAGCCAGACCAGCCAGACGAAGAGGAAGACCCAGAGGACUUCUUGGAAGAGCAGGUGCUUGUAGGGCGAUUUGCAAACCUUAUGGUGGCUGACCUGCCUGACCAACAGUAUCUGAUCGUGAUGACUGCCAGGAAGCACUUUGGCAGUGGAGGCAACAAGCGCAUUCGCUACACAUUGCCUCCACUUGUCUUCCAAUCGUAUCAGCUGGCUUUCAAGUACCGCUCCUUGAGUGACAAGGAUGACAAGUGGGAGAAGAAAUGCAACAAGAUCUUCCAGUUCUGCCACCAAACUAUUAGUGCACUUAUCAAAGCAGAACUUGCUGAGCUGCCUCUACGCCUGUUUCUUCAAGGGGCACUAGUUGCUGGUCAAAUCAAGUUUGAAAAUUUCGAGACCGUGGCCUACGAAUUUAUAUCCCAGGCUUUUUCUCUCUAUGAGGAUGAGAUUUCUGACAGCAAAGCCCAGCUAUCUGCAAUAACCCUGAUUAUGGGCACAGUAGAACAGACAAGUUGCUUCUCAGAAGAAAACCAUGAGCCGCUGCGUACACAGUGCGCACUGGCAGCAUCGAAGCUUCUCAAAAAACCUGACCAGUGCCGUGGUGUGGGCCUUUGUUCGCACUUAUUCUGGUCGGGCAAAACCCAAGAGUCUGGAGGAGAAGAGCUGCACGAUAGCAAACGAGUUGUUGAAUGUCUUAAAAAAGGAAUUCGUAUUGCAACACAAUGUAUGGACCCGUCAGUGAAGGUGCAACUUUUUGUAGAGCUGCUGAAUUACUAUAUUUACUUCUUUGAAAAAGGCAAUGAACAGAUCAAGACUGAUACUGUUGGUCAGCUUAUCGGUAGAAUAAGAGAAGAGCUUCCACAACUUGAAGCAAAUGAAGAGACGGACCAAAUUAAGAAGCACUUUCAGAACACCCUAGAUCAUCUACGCACUCGUAUGGAGUCCCAAGAUUCCGAAGGACCAUCCUAUGCAGGCCUGUCACUAUAAGUGGAAUAAUGGCAAAUACUGAUCUUCAGCACAUUUCCUCUGAUGUAUCAUCGCAGCAAUCUUCAAGAGGUGGUGCUGAGUUGCUGAGUACCCUACCUCAGGGGCAUGUUCUGUGUCUUUUUCAUUUUCCCUUAGCCAGAGUUUAGCUCGCAGAAAAUUUGUCCUCACUUUAAGUGUGUGAAUCGCAAGAUUUUUUUUAUUAUGUGUUUCAAAGUAAGCAUACAAAUGCAUGCACAGUUAGUACUAUAAAUCAUUUCAUUAUGAGAGUAUACUAUUUUUUGCUGCAAAGCUUGUUUUUCUGGAGAGGUGAGAUGGUGUGGUUUCUUCCCCCGUUUCUACCAUGUAUUAUACUUGUCUGUACAGUCAGAUAUUUGUGUUGUAAUGAAUACCAAUAAAGUGCGGUUUAUUAGUA